AUGGAAAGCUCUGAAACCAAAGGAGCAUUCAUAACCAAAAAUCCGGAAGAAAUUUAUAAAUCGGAUAAGGCACCAAUUAUGGAUACCAUGUUCAGUCUUACUUCUCAAGAAUCCAUAACAUUUAAUCCAGAAAUAACUACAAGCACUGAACCACUUCUUAAAGGAGACUGGAAGGAUUCAAAGUUGUUGCUGCCAUUCCGAGGAUUCUUUAAAGAUUCUUACCCAGAAGAAUACAAGAAUGCGAUUGAUCUGUUGACAGACGCCUAUUUCAAUGACACAACCAAUGAUGAUGCAAUUAAACGUGCAAAUAUUGGUUUGCUCUCAGAUUCAAGCUUCGGGUAUGGCAUUCUCAAAGCUGCCCGAUAUCAAGUGAUAGCAAAUAACAAGGAAACACGGAAAAAUACGUUUCUACUGAGAUUCGGUGUAGAUACUGCACUCAAUAUAUACAAAGUGACAUAUCAAUUAGAUUUCGAUGGAAUGGCUCACGGAGAAGAGCUGUGCUUUAUUUUCCGUUGCCGUUUCUUGGAUAGUUACAAACUAUAUGAAAAUUUAUUACAAGUCAGCGACGAUUCAAAUGUGAAUUAUAGAGCGAUUAAGCGUAUGGUCAAUAUAAUCACUAAUUUUGCCCGUAUCGGCAAUCCAUCGGUGAAAGGUGAUACUCCAUUUAAGUCAUUAUCAUCACCAGACGAAAUGUUCAGUCAAGACAUUACGAAUGAUCCAAAAACCAGCUUGGUAACAAACAUAAUGGAUCAACAUAAUAAAAUUUGGGACAUUCUUCUGAGAAAUGUAAUAAAUCAACUUUGGAUCAUUUGA